CCGGGAAGGAAGGGGGCGGGGCCGAGGUUGGCGGGCGCGGGGAAAAUGGCGGCGGCGGCGGCGGCUGCAGCGAACGGGACUGGAAGCAGCAGCGGCAUGGAGGUGGAUGCAGCAGUCCCCAGCGUGAUGGCCUCCGGAGUGACAGGGAGUGUUUCCGUCGCUCUCCAUCCCCUUGUCAUCCUCAACAUCUCAGACCACUGGAUCCGCAUGCGCUCCCAGGAGGGGCGGCCUAUGCAGGUGAUUGGGGCUCUGAUCGGGAAGCAGGAGGGCCGAAAUAUCGAGGUGAUGAACUCCUUUGAGCUGCUGUCCCACACCGUGGAAGAGAAGAUUGUCAUUGACAAGGAAUAUUAUUACACCAAGGAGGAGCAGUUUAAACAGGUGUUCAAGGAGCUGGAGUUUCUGGGUUGGUAUACCACAGGGGGGCCACCUGACUCCUCCGACAUCCACGUCCAUAAGCAGGUGUGCGAGAUAAUAGAGAGUCCCCUCUUUCUUAAGUUGAACCCUAUGACCAAGCACACAGAUCUUCCUGUUAGCGUUUUUGAGUCUGUCAUCGAUAUAAUCAAUGGAGAGGCCACAAUGCUGUUUGCUGAACUGACUUACACUCUGGCCACUGAGGAAGCUGAACGCAUUGGUGUAGACCAUGUGGCCCGAAUGACAGCAACAGGCAGUGGGGAGAACUCCACUGUGGCUGAACACCUGAUAGCGCAGCAUAGUGCUAUUAAGAUGCUGCACAGCCGUGUGAAGCUCAUUUUGGAGUAUGUCAAAGCCUCAGAAGCAGGAGAGGUGCCCUUCAACCAUGAGAUCCUGCGGGAGGCCUACGCCCUAUGUCACUGCCUUCCAGUCCUCAGCACAGACAAGUUCAAGACAGACUUUUAUGAUCAAUGCAACGAUGUGGGGCUCAUGGCCUACCUUGGCACUAUCACCAAAACUUGUAACACCAUGAACCAGUUUGUGAACAAGUUCAACGUCCUCUAUGACCGACAAGGCAUUGGCAGGCGAAUGCGGGGACUGUUCUUCUGAUGGGGGUUCUGGAAGGGAUGGUGCAACGGGCUCAGACAACUGUCUGGGGGCUGGGCACUGCAUUCCCUAGAUCUACUGCUGUCUUUAAUAAAGAGGAGCAGCCCUCAGCA